AUGCCCACUCGCAUUCUCAUCGUCGGCGCCGGUGCGAUUGGRGCAUUCUACGGCGCGCGACUGGCUUGCGCAACCAACACAGCAGUCUCGGCACUUUGCCGGUCCAACUUCUCCGCAGUACAAGCGAACGGAUUCAAGGUCACAUCGCCGAAAUACGGAGAGCAGAUCUGGAAACCAGAAUAUGUCUUUAGCUCUCCAGACAAGGCCAGAAACGCUGGCGUGAAAUGGGAUUACCUGAUCGUCGCGACCAAAGCUCUCCCGGAUGUCAGCGACGAUAGUGCACUUUUGGAAGGACUCGUAGGACCUGGCACCAGCAUCGUACUGAUACAGAAUGGACUGGGUGUUGAGGAACCUUAUAAGAAGCGCUUCCCCCAGGCAUCCAUAUUGAGCGCCGUGACGGUUGCCAGCGCUGCUCAACCAAGUCAUGGAGUCAUCAAUCACAACCGCUGGACAAGAAUCUCGAUUGGACCCUACAUGCCUCACUUGGACCAAGGAGGCUCAGGACCCACUGGCGAUGAUACCAAUCAUGAGGCGAGUAAUCUGAAGAUUGUAAAAUUACUCAAAGAAGGUGGUAUUGGUGAUGCGGAAUCCUACGAUCACGCAGGUCUGCAGUUUGUGCGAUGGCACAAGAUUGCCAUUAACGCUGCGAUGAAUCCAAGCUCUGUUCUUUCCGGAGGAUGCGGAAAUCAGGAAAUGUCACUGGAUCCUGAAAUGUCCAUACAUUUGGCCGCGAUCAUGAAUGAGAUUUUGGAGACGGCGCCGAAGGUGUUGGGAAAACCACUACCGAAGACACUUGCCAGUGCGGAGAAGAUUCUCAAUUCAACCAAGAGGAAUAGCAGUGGGAGCAGGCCAAGCAUGUGGGGUGAUUGGGAGAAGGGAUCGAAGAUGGAGCUGGAGGUCAUUCUUGGUAACCCCAUUCGUCUUGCCAGGGAGAAGGGGUUUGAUAUGCCUCGGAUGCAGACCAUGUAUGCUUUGAUUAAAAAGGCCCAAGAAAAUCGGGAUAAGAAGCAAGAGAGUAAGCUGUGA